AUGAGUUGGGCAAACGAGAGCAUCGUAGAAGAGUUUGUUCUCUUAGGGUUCUCAGAUCAACCAUGGCUGGAGUUUCCACUCUUUGUGGUCUUCUUGACUUCUUACAUAGUAACCAUCAUCGGAAAUCUCAACAUCAUUCUGGUGUCCCGUUUGGACCCUAAACUCCACACUCCCAUGUACUUCUUUUUAACUAAUCUAUCAGUCAUAGAUCUUUGUUAUAUCACAUGCACAGUUCCACAAAUGCUGGUAAAUUUACACAGCAUUAGGAAAGUUAUCAACGGUGGCUGUGUGGUCCAGCUUUUCAUGUUCCUGGCCUUGGGGACUACCGAGUGUGUUCUGCUGCCAGUCAUGUCCGUCGACAGGUUUGUAGCCAUCUGCCGGCCUCUCCACUACUCGGUCAUCAUGCACCAGAGGCUCUGCCUCCAGUUGGCAUCUGUAUCCUGGAUCAUUGGCUUUGGAAACGCAGUGUGGCUGUCCAUCCUGACUUUCCAGCUGCCACGAUGUGGCCACUAUGUCAUAGACCACUUUCUCUGUGAAGUGCCUGCACUGCUCAAGUUGUCCUGUGUUGAUACCACUGCAAAUGAGGCCGAACUAUUCUUUGUCAGUGUGAUCUUCCAUUUGGUGCCUCUGACACUCAUCCUUAUCUCAUAUGCUUUUAUUGCCCAAGCAAUCUUGAAAAUCCAGUCUGCUGAGGGGCGACAGAAAGCAUUUGGGACCUGUGGCUCCCAUCUAAUAGUGGUCUCACUGUUUUAUGGCACUGCUGUUUCCAUGUACCUACUACCACCUUCAUCCCACUCAAAGGACCCCAGGAAGAUGGUUUCCCUCUUCUAUGGAAUUAUUGCCCCCAUGCUGAACCCCCUAAUCUACACACUUAGGAACAAAGAGGUAAAGGAAGCCUUUAAAAGGCUAGUCAAGAGAGUCUUCUUAACCAAGAAUUAA